UAAGCAAUGUCUUGUUGCCAUGACCACUCUUUCUGACUUCCUUUAGAAGACACAUAUGGUCUGUUUUGAAGAUGAUGACUGGCAUUCUGCAAAACAGCUUCUGAGAAGUUGCAGCUUAAAAGAAUUCCUAUCCCUUACAGCAUGGAUUUUACUAUUGCAGUCCCUACGCUAGCUUUGCUCUGCGCUGUGUUCCAACCAGCAGCAUCUUCAGGUCUGCAGACCCCCAAACUUACGAUCCAGCCCAACCACCCUGAGUAUUUUGAAGGGGAGAGGAUUGAGCUCAUUUGCUCAGCUUCCCAAAACAGGACGGUGGAAGGAUACAGGUUCUUCGAUCCAGAUGAGCGGAUGAUCCACAAAAUGGCCGCCAGCCCUUAUCAAAAGGGGAAGCUGCCUCUCACGCUUCAGAUGAACAGCACUGGGAAUUAUUUCUGUGAUUACUGGAUGGAAGAAAGUGGAGAAGCCACGUCAGGACCAAGCAACGCCACUUUCAUCCGUGUAAAUGAGGCCCCUGCUGCUCCCUCUCUCUCUGUGCAUCCCGAACUCCCUGCAUACAACUUGGGAGACUCCAUCACCCUUUCAUGUUCAGCCCCACUGGGAGCAAAGGAAGUCAAGCAAUUCCAAUAUUACAGUGACUUGAUGUGUGUAUCAGCCAUGGCACUGCAUGACAAUGUCUAUAGGUACAACUUGAGUAUCAUGGAGUCCACGGACAUGGGGGUCUUCAGAUGCGCCUAUCUGGUGCACCUUUCUGGGCGAAACGUACUUUCCAAGAAGAGUGAACCAGUCUCCAUUGAAGGGCUAGGAGUCAGAUGGAAAUGGAUGUUGGCUGUUGGGGGGUCCUUCUUCACCAUCAACACCCUUAUCUUCCUAAUCUCCCACUGCUUUUUUUAAACCACAGACCACUGCAACCUCCUCCAUUUCGAAGGGUUCCAGUCAGUGAAGGAGCCCUCUCUACUAGACUUGAAUCCCCAGUGUCUUCAGCAGAAAAAAAAAACUCAUACACGUUGCCUGAAAAAAGACAGGCACAUACUUGGAAAUAAGGCAGCUUGGACAUCUAAGAAAUGCAUAAGCUUCAGAGAAGAGCUUGGGGAAAAAUACUUUUGUAGACCACAGCUCCCACCCACCGUGGUGUCAAUUCUCCUUUCGCUUGUUGGAGGGUCUACCCAGGCCAUCAAUUCUUCCAGAGUUCACUAUGGCAGGUGGCCACCAAACAGAGGCAUGGAAAGCGACCACGAGGAACCACGUCUUUUCGAUGGUAGCCACGACACUUUGAAACAUGUCGAUACACACAGACUCCUUCCCUCUUGAUCUUCGGGAAGCAUGUUAAAGCCAAGCAUUUCCAGGAGGCCUUUGAGAACAUGCUCCUCUUAUGACAGACCACCUGGGGAUUUUUCUGUUAAUAUUAUGUUGUUUUUAGGCAUCGUGGAUAGCUGGAGGUUUUCGUCCGCUGUAAACUGACCAGAAUGAUGGCUUGCCACUAGAUGGGUGACAUAUUUACUUAUAACAGAGAAAGAAGCAAAGAAUUCAGGCAGCACUAUGGAGUACAAAAUGGUUCUAACCUGGUUCUUAACAUAUGAAGCAGUCAAGGAGCUGAGCCUGGAAAAAUCUGUUGUGGUUGUUCCCACAUGUGAAUUUGGGGUGGGGGUGGGGGACUGUAAUGUUCUUUCCAUCCUAUGUAUGAAGAAAUCUGAGAACUUUACUUAUUUUUUAAAAACUGGAAUAGAAUUCUCACGCUUUCCCUAAAUUUCAUCUUGUCGAUAUUUCUCCUUCUUUCCAAAUUUUCUAUAGCCACCCCAUCGGAUCGCUCAGUGGACCAUCCAAAAUGACCCCAAUUUUGACAAAAAGGCUGCAUCUUGGUUUCUCACAGGUCCCUAUUUUUUAUUUUUUUAUUUUUAUUUUAUUUUUUGCUGCUGCUGUUGUUAGAGUUGCUUUUAGAUCUCUUCUUCGGAUGACCAAUACCUCUUUGGUAUUCACUUUGCCAGCUUAUUUCCGGUGAGACAAGAACCGCUUGAAAGAAUUCAUGGAAAAACCUGCACAGAUAUUGCCUUUACCAAUAAACUACCCAACAAGAAUAGAAAAUAAAUUAUUCCAUCACA